AUGAGAGUUAGUUUAAGUAUUCACACAUUGGUGGUGACAUCAGCUGCAACAAUUAUAUUAUUAUUGAUUAGUUUUUCUGCUUUAUUGGCUGACAAAAAUGGCAUUGAUUCCAUAAUUUCUAGACCUGUCUCUAGAAAUAAAAUUGUUUGGGAUAAUUUUAAUAAUUAUACUAUUGAUAUUGAUCUUGAUAACAGUACAGCAAUUUUCAAUUCUAUAUUGAAUGCGUUAAAACAAGGUGCUUCAGAUAUUCAUCCAUUAGGGGUCUCCUAUUUUCCUGCUGUUAUACCUCAAGGAACACUAUUAUAUCGUACCGGUUCUUCACAAAUUCCAGAAUCAUUUGAAUGGUUAGCUUUUGAUCAUGAAUUUAGUUAUAAUUUUGGUUCCAAAUAUAAGAGUUAUGGUAGAAAAUCGUUAGAUGAUAAAAGUCAUUUCAAGAAACCGACCCCUAACAUUGACAAUGACAUGCCUGCCAAUACACCUAUCACACAUCCUCCUCCUAAGUCAGGACAUCGUUCAAGAGAUAGCUUUUUGACCUUUAGAGCAACAAGGGAUAUGAAUAAAUUCUUAUAUCUUGAUGGUGCCUCAGCUGCAAAGACAAGUACAGGUGAAAUGGAUUCUCAAAAGUUAUUAGCAGACGUAGCUAAAGUUAAAUUGAAGUUAGGUGAUGAUGACGAUAAAAAUGGUGGUAAUAUGAUGGUCGAACGUCUAUAUGCGUCUAGAAUUUGUAAAUGGGGGAAACAAUUUGGUUUAGAUGGUAUAAUUAGAGUUGAAAUUGGGUUCGAAGUUGUUUUAUGCGAUUUUUUCACAGAUUCAAUUGAACUAGUUUCAAACAUUACGAUGGAAGCACCAGGUACGCUAUUGGGAUUACCUGAACCGACUCUAUUGACUAAAGAUAAUGGUUGGCCAAUAAACGAAGAAGGUGGCCUUGAUGAAGAUAAGCUAACGGAAGAACAAAUUGCAAUUCUAGAUAGAGAAGAUUACUGGCAACAAAUUCUUGAGAAUUACAAAUUGGCUCAAAGUUAUAAUUGGUUACAAGCUGGUAAUUCUCAUGAUUCUGGUGAAAAAAGAGUAAAACUAGACUAUAGAAAUUUCAUCACAGGGAUUAAUAGAACGUAUAUUAGUCCAGAUCCAAUGAACAGAAGGUUGUUGAGUCAUGGUAUGACAUGGGAAAAGCAAUUGAAAAUGGUAGAUGAUUUGGAAACUGUCUUGAAGAAUGACUUUGAUGCGAAUGAGAGCAUAGACUGGCAGCAAGUUUUUGAAGAGAUUGAUAACAAAUUCUCACCGAUGUUAAAGGUGAUGAACAAUACAUUAUCCCAUCCUGAUUUCAGUGAAGAAGAUAUGGCAAUUCAUGUUACAAAAUAUACUUUGAAUUUUGUAGCCAGAUUUUUCGCAAAUAAAUCUGAUUCAGCUGACGAUACUCAAUUUGGAUAUGGUCGGGAGUUUGCAGUUUAUCAAUAUUCCAAACCAUUGAAAACUUUAGAAACUUCUUCAGAUUUCUUAAUCUGGUCCUCUAGUGUCAGAGUAGUAAGAGAAAUUAUCAAUGUCAUUUAUGACAUUCACGAAACAUUAUUGCCAAUUGUCACAGCAGUAGCACACAAUGACAGCUCAAUGGAUACAACCAAGAAGCAAAGAGUCGACAGUUCUAGAGAAAAAAUCAAUAAUCUAGUAGAAACUCUAAAAUGGAUCUCAUUAAAUUAUAAAUGUGAACAUGCAUGCGAUUGGGAUGAAAUCUGUUUUACACCAUCUUGGGGACCAGGACCCCUAGCUGGUGGAUUCGGAUUCGACCACAACAACAAAGAACAGUUUGGUAAACAUUACGACAAAUCAAGAGGACGGUUUCUCAUCAAUGAAAGCUUACAAUGUGUUAAAAUAGAUACUAUACAGAAACAUAGAUCUCCAUAG